CUCAACACAAACAAACGCAUCACCGCCUUGCUGUACUGAGUACCAAGACAACGGUUUUGAUAAUGAAAAGGCAUGAAAAGUACUAGCACAAUGGUUUUUAUCUCCUCUCAUUGCUAGCUAUUCUUCUCAUAUUCCUACAUAUAUACCUAAAAUAUUGCAUAAGGAUCAACAUCUUUUACUUCAAUGGAGCUCAAGUACUCUUGUGUUUUUGCUAUCUUAAUUUUCUACCUCUUGGUUACGCCGUACAUUUUUUCAGCAAUUAGAAAUCUGAAUGAUGAAGAUGUAUAUGAGAUUGAUUAUAGAGGUCCAGAGACGCAUUCUCGUCUUCCUCCGCCAGAUCGAAUGAAAAGAGGUCCUCCUUACAUACAUCACAAGGCUGUGACAAAAUUUGAGCAAAGACCUGCAAACAUGAUAAGAAAACAUGCAAAGUAAUUACAUCCAAAAUUGCUGUAGAGACUUGAGAGGAAGAAUUUUAUAAUUAUUUGUUAUUUGUGAACAUUGUCUUUUGUAAUGUACUGGUAUCUAAAAUCAAAUAUUGUUAUUUGCACCCAAAAAAAAUCAAAUAUUGUGAUUCACUAGGGUUUUUUUUUUGGUGCAAAUAUCGUGAUUCACUUUUGAUUACUUGUAUUUCAAUAUUCUAAGUAAAGUUAGUUUCUGAAGAUAUUGAUAUAAUUUCUUUAGAAGUAUUUGUGUUA